AUGGGCGAGUCCGCCGCAACGACGCUGGCGUCUGUGCUCGUGCUCGCCCUGGGCUUUGCUGGCGCCGGCUACGCCUACCACAAGUUUUACAAGCACCUGGUCCUCAAGAAGAUCCGCAACGCCUUUGAGCCUGGCGACCCGGUGCUCGAGCUAGCUGCCAUCGGCCGGGGUCUCACCCCGCCACCUGAUGCCGAGCACUGGGUGAUGCGUGAUGAGCAGGCGCAUAUCGACGAUGUGAUCGCUGGCAAGGCCAGGGGCCACUACUUGCUCAUGAUGGGAGAAAAGGGCAGCGGCAAGAGCAGCAUGAUACUCGAUGCCAUGCGCAAGAUCGAUGGGGACGGGUGCUCAAUGUUCGAGGCCCAUGCAGAUCUCGAGAUAUUUCGGAUUCGACUUGGCAAGGCACUUGACUACGAGUUUCACGAGGACUACAUCGGCGGCUACUUCAGCGAGAAAGGACCGCGCGAAUCCACGGCGCUCUUGGACAUUGAGCGUGCAUUGAACAAACUGGAAAAGGUUGCCUUGAAACGACGCAUAGAGAAAGGCAAGCCCCUGGUGCUUGUGGUCAACCAGGUCCACCUACUCCGAGACGAUGCAGAUGGCAAGGAUCUGCUGGAGCUGCUGCAACAGCGUGCCGAACAAUGGGCUGCAUCCAACAUCGUGACCAUGAUCUUCAACAGCGACGACUACUGGGUGUAUGAGAGGUUCAAGCUGCUUGCGACACGGAUGGAGGUGCUCCCGAUUACAGAUCUAUCCAAGCCCAAGGCGAUUGCGGCGCUGAAAUCUUACCGAGAACGCUAUUUCCAGCAGACGCCAGAGCUAUCGAUGCUGGAGGAGAUUUACGACCGAGUCGGUGGGCGACUGUCAUUCCUGAACCGUGUCGCUCGGUCGAAGGACAUGCUAGAGACUUGCGACCAGAUCAAAGACAUUGAGAAGACUUGGCUGCUUAACCAGUGCUGGAUUCUUGGCGAGGAGAUGGACGACGACGUCAUGGACCAGCAGAAGUGGGCGUCUGCUUCCAUGGCCUUGGCGCAGGCUCUUGUAGACAAGGAGAAAGAGAUGGACAAGACGUACUGCCAGGAGCAGGGCCACGUUCUCCCAUCGUUCCAGAUGCACGAGGCGCAGCAAGUCAUGACACGCUCCGACUUUGUCCGCGAGCUUGACCGUCUCAACCUGUUCACCAUUACUUCGACUGCACAAGUCCGUGCCUCCUCAGUGCCUAUGCACCGCGCUUUCCGUGAAAUCUGCUCUGAACCAGGCUUCCGCGAGUUCCUGGAGGAAACAAUGGAGCGGAUUGCGGCGAUUGAGAGCUUGGGACGUACGAGAGAGUUGGUUGCAAAGGACUUGGUGCUGGGCGGCAAGUACGAGAUCGCCAGAACGUUUGAGGGAAUCGAGGUUACGCUAAGGCAGAAGGAGGCGGAGGAGGAGGAGGAGGCCAAUGACGGAAAGGAUGAUGACUAA